GACGGUGAUUGACUCACGGUUUACAGGCUUAACGAGGGUUUAAGAAGGGGAGCGAGCAGCGGUUGCCGGAAAAUCCCUGUCAGCGAGCGCCAUUGACGAUGGCGGAGCCGGUGAGGCUUCGCGUGGUGUUUGACGAUCGUGGCAUGUUGACCAAGUCAAAGAAGAAGGAAGGGUUGAAGCGUUGCUGGUUUAUGCCUAAACCCCAACACACCACCAUUUCCGAUGUAGCCUCUCAUCUUCACAGCACCUUCCGCCUCCACCGCACAUGUCCUCAUGGCAUCAUCUUAUCGAUGGAUGGUUUUGUUUUGCCACCUUUCGAGUCCACAUGCAUUUUGAAGGACAAGGACAUUAUCCGUGCGAAGAGAAAGGGUAGCAUAUCAAGUGAUGAUAAACCUGCAAUGCUGCCACCUGCAACUCGUGCGCAACAGUAUAUAGAUCUUCCGAAGCUUCUUGCAAUCGAAGGGCUUCAGGAGGAGACUGGAGGAGAAGAAACCGAGUCCCCAGGGGAUAACGAUGAUCAACUUGAAGAUGCAGUUUAUGUGGAGGAACCUAAAUCGGAGGGGACGGCAGUCUCCAAGAAAAGAAAAGCUUCAAAGAAGCUCAAGAGCCCUAGCCAGAAGAAGAUCAAGUUGUCUACUACAGAAAACUUGGCAGUCAUUCCCGAGGGCCACGAAGAGGAAAACAAAAGCUCUGAUGGCAGUGCUCAUCACCAAUUGAGUCUUGUCAACAACGAAAAGAAGUCUUCCAAGUUAUCCAGUCAGACAAUUAAGUCGAACAAAAGUGGUCCUACAAGUGAUGAAACAAGGUUUGCUCAGCCUCAAGAUGAAAGUGAAACUAAAAAGUUGCCUAGUAGAAGUGCUCGGCGGAAGAAAGCUAAAAGAAGAUGGCUGAGGGAACUAAAAUUAGAGGAGAAGCAGAAGGAGAAGGAGAAGGAAAAGCUCCAUCAGACUCCAGUGCUUGAAAAUGAUAGACAAGAUUUAUCUGUCAAAGAUAACAAUUGUGUUGUUUCUGAUGUACGUCAACAACCUGAUGAAGAAAGUGAAGAAGAGGAUGAUAUUGUUCCUGUGGAAAUUAGGCCAGGGCACAUUCGGUUUGAGCCCCUUAAAAAAGAUCUGGAUCAGGCAGUGCCACAGAAUAAAUUUCCAGUGGAAACAUUUCAGUGGAAUGGAAUUACCAACAAGAAGAAGGGCCAAAAAUGGGGUACAGAGAGAAUGUCAUCCCAUAAACAGGAUGACUACAAACAUGCCAAUAUAGAGUAUCCUACAUCUCAGAAUGUUGAAAAGGAAUUCACAUUCAAGGCAGGAGAUUUUGAUAAGCUUAAACCUUAUACAAGCUUGCCUAAGGAAGGUGACGUAAUUGCGUAUCGAUUGAUAGAGCUAUCAGAAUCUUGGUCUCCUGAACUUUCCUCCUUUAGGGUUGGGAAAAUAUCUCAGUAUGAUGCUAAAUCCAACAGGAUUUGGCUGGAAGCACUUUCAGAAUAUCCAUUUGAUUUUAAGAAAAAAAUAGACGAGGAUGCAUCUUCUGUACAGUCUGAUCCAUACCCUUAUCGGGAAGAUGGUUCUUUAGAGAUAGAUUAUGCAUUGCUUGCUGACAUUCGCAUGGUUAAGCAUGGUCAUUCUGGUUCGAAAACUGUAGUUGUUUCUAGUGAUGGUUGGGUCAAUUUAACAAAAGCAACUGAUGAAAAAAUUGCGAGUGAGCAAACUACCGUGGGAAGUUGCCAGCCUGAAAGGGAAGUUCAUAUCCCUGCUAAAGAAAAUGGGGAAGUAAACGUGUGGGACGAAAUUAACGAGGCAUUAAAAGCAAAGAAGGCGAAGCUGUCGCAGGAGGAUGGCUGGAGUAGAGGAGAGAGCUCAAGCACCAGGUCAUGGUCCCAUAGAGCCAUGAGAUGCAGUGCGCUGGGUCCCACAAUGGCUUUUUUAAGGUCGAAUAACGGACUUUAAAAAACAAGCCUACAUUUGGGUCAUGUCUGCUGUGAGUCACCUUUCUGCAGUAUUUUGGUAUAUAUGAACAAAUUACUGAAAAAAUCAUCUGCAAUGGACAUUGCACGUCCUAUUUCAGAAUAUUAUAGGCAAGCAAAAUAUUUGAAGGCUUAUUCUUAUAAUCCAUCUUUACGAUGUUAUUAGUUGCACUCCUCCUGAAAACCAAACAGAAAAUUGAAUCAACUGCCGGACAAAAUAUGCGAGACACGAUUGCUCACCAUCCUAAGUGCCAAGAUGAAGAUUAUGACCAUAGAUAAAAGCGCGACUUUUCACUCAAUUAACUCUUAAAAUUCUAUGUUGUUAGUUGGUAAAUCGUGUUGCAUGUAAAACCUGAAAACUGAAAGUUGUCAUUAGUUACUUUUAAAAUGGAAGCAGUAACUAAUGACAGAUGAUGUAUUAUUUUACAACACCGUUAGAUAAUUCUACCAACUUGUAUGCAUUCAAUUUAAACAUUAUUUCCUAAUUUCCUGAUGAA